CACGCCGCAUAGUUGCACGUGGCGUGACUAAAGUGGAAUAAGGAGUUCGUUUUGGAAAGUUCAUGACGUCUUUCCCCGUUGAAGAACCAACGAGGGACGCUGAUUAUCUCGGUCUUCCCUGCUGCUAUAGGAAUCAUGGAGAUUACGGAGACAGAUGUCAGUGUGCGCAGGCGGGAGCACAGGCGGCUGCUCUGCAGCCUGAAGCGGACGGCAGAGGGGCUGCUGAGCUCGGACCCCUAUGGCUGGGGCCGGCGAGGCCUGCAGCGCCUGCACACGGACAUGCACCGCAUCCUGAGCCACCGGCUGGAGCCCCAACACGUGAGCUGCAGACAGACAAAUUACUGGCGCUUUGUCUGGUGUGUGCGUUACAUUUGUCCCCACCUGGCCUUUCAUGUUGAACAGUUUGGUGAGCUUGAGCUGGCAAGCUCAGGCACCUGGCUCUGUGGAAAGGGGCACAGGGUGGAGCUCUGUGGAGAGGGGCCCACGGCGCAGCUCUGUGGAGAGGGGCCCACGGCGCAGCUCUGUGGAGAGGGGCCCACGGCGCAGCUCUGUGGAGAGGGGCACAAGGCCCACCUCUGGCUGCUCCAUAGUCUGCAGGAACGCUGCCUGUCUGUGCAGCUACGACCACUGCUCAAGCACCAGUCUCACACACGCAAGUAUUACAGAGCCGGAGCGUUUGUUCUCAGUGAGCUCCAGGUGAGCCUCAUGCUGCAGUGUCUGGAGGCUGUGGAGCAGAACGAUUGGCAGCUGCUCUCUCUCGUGGACCCGCUGCGGCUGCCUGACCUGCAGAAGAGCCGCAGCCUGUGUGUGUUUCCUGGACCCCCCCACCUCACCUCCGCUGAGCCCCCCCUGUUCACCUCCACCUCGGACUUGGCAGCCUCUUUCUCAGAGGAGCCACCUGGUGUUCCCUGGGAGUGUGGGGCAAACUCGGCCAUACCCCAGAUCUGGCUGACGGAGCCCAGGUCCCCUGUGCAGGACCCCGGGCCUCCAGCUGCCCCUGCUGAUGGAGCUCAGGACCCCGGGCCCCAGUACCUGGCUGUCCACAGCUCAAGGCGCCGGCGCCCAAACUCCUACUCUGAGGGCCAGAGCCGCAGGGGCCACACCCACUUACCAAGCCACAUCCGCUCAGUGUCCGACACCACCGUCACACUGACACACAGCAACGAGUCAGGUGCAGAGGUGUGUGCUGCGAAAGGAGGAGCCUUUUCCUCCCUCGGCGAUGUCAGCACCUGCUCCAUGAGCUCAGAAGGCUCUCAGUGCAGCAGUGUGUCAGAGGGGAUGCUCUAUCGGCCACUGGAAGGACAGAGUCUCCUGAGCUUCCUGACAGAGCGAGACUUCAGCCACUGCAAGGAGAAUGCUCACUUCAUCAUAUCGGAAUCUCUGAUCGCCGCCAUGGAGCUUCUGAAGUGGAGGUUGAGGGAGGACGAUGAAGAUGAAGAUGAGGAAGAGGAAAGUCCCUGCAGUGGGUGUUCUGGAGAGACCUCCCAGGAUUCCUUGCUGUUGGACCCAGGUCUAGCUGAGGAGGUGGAGCCUUGUGGGCAGACAGGUUCAGACUUCAAACACAGUGUGACAUGCUUCAGCAGCAAGUCCUCCCUCAGCUCUGAGUCUAUCUCCUCCUCUCUGCAGAUGAACUCUGCGGAGUUUGUUGCGUUGGGGCUCCUGCAGCAGUUUGAGGGGCUGCACCUGCCUGCUGCGUCUGAUCUGGACUGGCUGCUCCCCCCACACCAUGCUUCCCAGAAGGGACGUCAGGUGGCUGCGCAGCAGACUCAGGUCCUGGCAGAUCAGCUGCAGCUCCGGGAUGGCGGAGGAGAGAGGGGCAGCCGGAGCAGAGGCUGCUGGGACUGGAGCAGGGACUCCCGUGGUCACAGAGGACAUGGCUAAGGGGAGAGGAACUUUUCAGCAAGCGUUCCACCGGAAUACCAGUCCAGAACAUUGUAGCUGUUUAUUAUAUAUCAUUCUCAUACUGUUGUGCAGGGCAGCAUGGUUGGUGCAGUAGGUAGCACUGCCGCCUCACAGCAAGGAGGUCCUGGGUUUGAAUCCCGGUCGCCCGGGGCCUCUCUGUGUGGAGUUUGCAUGUUCUCCCUGUGUUUGUGUGGGUUUCCUCCGGGUACUUUGGUUUCUUCCCACAGUCCAAAGACAUGCAAGUUAGGCUGACUGGAGAGUCUAAAUUGGCGAUAGGUAUGAGUGUGUGUGCCCUGCGAUGGACUGGCGACCUGUCCAGGGUGUAUUCCUGCCUGCCCUGCGACCCUGUUCAGGAUAAGUGGGUUAAGAUAAUGGAUGGAUGGAUGAUGUUCUGCUGUAUAAAAACAGUUUUUACCUAUAAAUAUAAUCCAUUAAUCAGAUUAGUUCGUAUCUUUGUUGUACUGUCAGCACUUCUUGAAAUUGUACUUGUCCCUGCUUGCACUUUGCACUUUGUUGUACGUCGCUCUGGAUAAGAGCGUCUGCCGAAUGCCAGUAAUGUAAUGUAAUGUAAUCAGAACAGGCUAGCCAAUAAGCUUUGGUGCCCUUUAUCCUUCUCAUAAAUGUUACAUUAAUAAGUUUAUCACGUCUGUGCUGUUAAAUGCCGCCAUUGUAAUUUGAUAGUUGGGUGAAGCGAUAUGAUUUUGGUCAAUCACUGUUGACAGCUGAAGUGUUGCUAUGCAGCUGUUCAUAAACAUCUUGGACCCAAA